AUGAUCUAUGACUGUAUUGUGCUACCAGGCGGCGGAGUCGAUGAUGAUGGAAAUCCGUCUGCAUGGGUAGCUGCUCGAUUGGAUCGUGCUGUUGAAAUGGCCUCAUCAACAUGCUACUUUUUGGUUUUAAGUCGAGGUACAACGCAUCGCCCACCCGUACUCGAUGCACAUUCGUUUCCUGUCGAUGAAGCAACCGCUAGUGCAGCGUACUUGAUGGAAAGAAAUAUUCCAUCGGAGAAGAUUCUGAUCGAAAAUUGGUCGUUAGACACGAUUGUAAUUACAAAUGAAUUUCAUAUGCUUCGAACGAAAAUGAUCUUCGACUGGAUCUUUUCAUUGGCAAGUUCGAGUAAAGAUCGAUGCACAAGAUUUCAUCUCGAUUACUUCGCUGUGCCAAAUCAAGGCAUGACGAAUGAACAACUGAUCGCUCGUAUUCAAAAAGAAGCUCUCGCUUGUGAAGACUUACAAAUCAAAACUCAGCACAUCACGACUUUCCCUCAAUUGGUCCGAUUUUUAUUCGUCGAACAUGGAGCAUACAAGGCCAAACCUCUUCAUUCACGUCGAAAAGUACGCCCAUGCACACACACAGAGAUGAAACAUUAA